GCUGGGCCGGAGCUCCUCCUCCUCGCCUGUCCGCCCCGCCUCCCCUCCGGCCGGGCAGCAGCGAGCGCAGGGCAGCGGCGCCUGGUAGAGCCGAGUCCGGUCAUUCGAGCUGAGAGCCGGCGCGCGGAAGCCGAGAGUGCCCCCCCGCAUCAGAAGGCGCCAACCGCUCCAGGAGGACCGCGCAGGGGAGGCAAGCAAGGCGCAGAAUAACUGCCAUGGGGAAGUAUCUGAUGACCAGCUGGAUCGCAAUCCUCUUGAUCUUACUGCAGAGCGAUGUCUCCCUUUCCAAAAAGGGGAAGAAUAAACCUGGUGGGGGCUGGAAUACAGGUAGUCAGCGUCAGCCAGGCUACCCUCCACAAAACCCUGGCUACCCACAAAACCCUGCCUACCCUCCACGCAAUCCUGGCUAUCCGCAGCAAAAUCCUGGGUAUCCACAGCACAAUCCUGGCUACCCCCAACGUCCUGGGUACCCCCAAAACCCUGGGUAUCCCCAACGCCCUGGGUACCCACAGAACCCUGGUUAUGGCGGAGGUGGCAACUGGGGCCAGUACAAUUCGAAGCCAUGGAAGCCCAAGCCGGCCAAACCCAAGAUGAAGCACGUGGCCGGAGCAGCUGUGGCCGGCGUCGCAGCGGGAGCCCUCGGCGGCUACCUCUUAGGCAGCGCCAUGUCGAAUAUGAAUUUCCGUUUCAACAACCACGACGAGGAGCGGUGGUGGCACCAAAACCGCGACCGUUACUCUGACCAAGUGUACUACCAGAAGUACGGCGAACCUGUUUCCAGGGACGUCUUUGUGAGAGACUGCGUGAACAUGACGGUGAGAGAGUAUAUCGAGCCCACUGGGAACCAAACGGCCGACGAGAUGGAAACAAAAGUGGUGACCAAAGUGGUGCGUGAAAUGUGCACCGAACAGUACCGCUUGGUGUCGGGCGUCGCCCUCCUCCUCGCCAACCCCUCCGUGCUUGUGAUCAUCACGUUUCUCUUGUGUUUCCUGAUACACUGAAGUGGUCCUCCUUUAGCCUCCCCCUUGUCGUUGACCUAGCAAAUGUCCGGAAGGAAUGAGAGCUCUAUAAAGCAACGGUUUUGUGGAGAGCACCUUCUUGCUUCUGUCCUUCUUUGGUGGAGUCUCAUCUGCUAAGUAUUAGUGAACAUACCAGUUGCCAAGCAGACAAAUUCAUCAUUUGAUUCUGCAUCCAAUGGUACAAAGUAAUGUGUAGGGAAAGCGGCCAAGGGCAUAGCUUGCAAUGGAGGGAAACAACCAACCACAACCAACAUAAUAUGCUUCUUCAGAGCUAGGGGCCCACGUAGCGCAAGAUACACAUGGAGCUCCAUGAAAUUUCACUCCUCAAUGUCAUGUAUGUGGCUCAUGCUCUGUUCUCCACAUGCAAAAUAUAUAAAGUCAAAUUUGUGCAUCCACCUCUGCACGAGAUGUGAGGUCUUACCCCACAUUUGGCACAUAGGCAUCUCACUGUGGUGGAGGAGGAAAGGUGUGAAAGGACGUGUGGGUCUGUGUAUUUGCUACAUUUCUAUAUCACCUUUCUGCAUAGCAUGCUGGGUGGUUGAUAGCUCGAAAAUAGGAAGCCAACCACAAAAGCCACAUAAGAUCCAACAGGGUUGUCUCAAGUGUGUUGGUGCCUUCAAGAGCUGACCAGCUUUGCUUUCCUGACCUGGACUCGCCCAUAACAGGCAGAUCUCCAGGUGGCCCUGGAAAGAUGGGGAAAGGCUGGCCUAACAGGCUGUUGAGGGUCUUUUCAGGAGCUGAUGGUAUGAGCUGCUCUGGCCUGAGUACUCUUUUUUCCCCUUGGGGCACGUGGCUCUUGAGUCGUCCCUCAAAGAAAGGGGAAGGAUUGUUCCAACAGCUUUCUCAGACCAUUCCACUUAAUUAUGAUGGAAAAGUCUGGAGAACAACAGAGGAGAUACCUUGAGAGUCUGGUUUGGGCCCAAGAGCUAGAUAUUAAACAACCAGGAGCACAAGUGCACUCCCAUAGGUCAUGAUGUGUGAAGCCAUUCUGAUGUCCAUCUUUGUAAAAAAAAAUUCCAGGAGCAAAGUCAUGUGGCCCUAGUGACAAAAGAUAAAAAGUAGUUGGGAGUUCAGAGGCAGGGGAUGAGGGGCAUCUAGACAAAGAACUACCAUGCUCUUUGGGCUUUAUGGCUUAGCAGAUGCAACUGUCUUGGGUAUCCUUGAGGCCACAGGACCAUGGUCGUUGUGGUGAGGAGGUACACUUGGACAGGGUAUCUGAGAUCCAUACAAAUCUUUAGGUGAGCACGUCCUACAUCGGGGGUUCUCAACCUUCAGCCAUUGUGGCUGGGGGUGGUGGUAGUUGUAGUCCAACCAUAUCUGGGUGCCCAAGGUUAAGAACCCCUGGCCAACAUGAUCCAUUCUUGCAUGAGUUUGGGCAGAUUUUUGCCUCCUUAAUAAAUAAACUGGUGGCCACAACCGUUGGCUACUCAAGCAAUGAGCCAGUUCGCCUCUGAGGUUGCCCAGCAACCUGUCUUGUCUGUUGAGGCAGAGUCAGUUACAUGUUUUGGAAGCAGACCAUGGUGAAAAAGAGCCUCAUUUAGAGAGACGCUAUGCCCCCAAAAUUUGCUCUGUCUGCUUUUUGUGCAUGAAUGUGAAUGUCCUUUCAAUGGAGAUGCAACUGAUUAUUGAAGUUGUUUAAGGAGAGGCAGGUCUACUAAAACCUUAAAUUAUUUACCUGUAACAGUAGCAGUUACUCAUGUAUUUAGAAUAUUGAUAUACCGCUUUUCCACAAAACAGUUCUCAAAGCAGUUUACAUGGAGGGGAAACAAGAUUGUUCCCCGUCCCAAAAAGGGCUCACAAUCUAAAAAGAAAUGCAAAGUAGAGUCCAGGAACAGUUGCUGGAAAGAUGCUGCAUUGGGCAGAAUGGAAACAUUCGCUCCUCCCUUAAAUAUGAGAGAGCAAAGCUAUUCUCACAAGCCGCCUAACUCAGGCUAGGGCAGUCCUAGGUUAGGCUGCUUGUGUAUAGUGCCAGGAUCGGGGCCAAUCCUGGCACUGCCACAUCGCCCGACCCUACUUUUUACCCCAUCCUUUAGGCAGGGUUAAGGGCCCGAGCGUGCACUUAUGUGUCUGCUGCACACAGCCCGAGCAUACACAGUCGGGCGCCUAGAGCGCUCAACUCCCGGGGGAAUCCCCCAAUUAACUGCACUCAUCACGUGGGGCAUUGUGGGAUCCCUGGAUGCCGAGACGAGUCUCCGCCUCCAGAGAUCCGUGCUGCAUAGAGCAGGUGGACCACACAUCACACAGAAGAGGACCGGUCAUUUGGGGGGAAGGGAAGCUUGCUCUUGCCUUCCCCCCACGCCCUCCCUGCCUGCCUCAAUUGGUCGCUUAACACGACCUCCGUCACUGCUUUUGCCCAGUCGAUGACUGAAAUAAAGAUCCCAUUCCAUUCCAGUCACUGCUUUAAAAGCAGCCUCUUAAGGUAGUUAGCAGGGGUUGUUUAGGAUGUUCUUGGCAGUUCCAGGGGAAAAGCACUCCUGUUGAUGAACGUUGGGGAAAUGCAAUGUUUGCAUGGCACAGUUCUGAUUCUACAGAUGAGUGGAUCAGGAAGGGUUCUGUUUUACCCCCUACGAUGCGGCCAUGUCAAUAUCUGAUGAUGUUAUUAGCAAUUGUGUAUAUAUCCACAUGGGAGCAGAAUUCCAGCUCUGUGACUCUUAGGGACUUACAUCAGCGUUUAUGCCAGCGAAUAAGUUGCUGCAAAUGACCCAGCCUUCAACAAAGCACCCAGCUCACCUUCUCUUCCAUCUAGUGACGUUGCUAGGGAUCCAUUUCACUGAGCUUGCUGAACGGCCGACUACAGGUACCAGGGUCAUUCCAGAGGUUGCACAUCUGACUAGGCUUCUUGCAGGAACUGGUAAGCAGACAGAGGUGAUGCAUUGUGGAAUUCUGAACUCCAAGAUGGGCUCUCAGUCCACUGGAGGUGCAAGUGGUGUGCUAGAAUUCACACAACGUGUAUGCGGGACUGAGAAUGACUGCCAUGCCCAGACCCCACAUUGACCCUCCCUAUGCCAUCCUCCUAAAAACAGUUAAGCAGACGUCCUGCAUUGUACCAAGUCAGUACAACGGUCCAUCUAGCUCAGCAUUGUCUAUACCAGGGAUUCUCAACGUUGGGUCCCCAGAUGUUAUUGGACUUCAACUCCCAUAAUCCUCAAACAGAGGCCACUGGGGCUGGGGAUUAUGGGAGUUGAAGUCCAAUAACAUCUGAGGACCCAGCGUUGAGAAUCCCUGGUCUAUACCAGAGCAGCACAACUUCUGCCAUGCUGCAGAUAUUGGACUACAGCUCCCAUCAUCCUUUAUUGGCCACUGUGACUGGGAAUUAUGGGAGUUGUAGUUCAGAAACAGCUAGAAGGCCAAAGUUGUGCAGCCCUGAUUACACUGACUGGCAGGCAGUGACCCUUCAAGGUCCCAGGAAAGGGUCUCUCUCAGCCCUACCUGGAGAUGCUACCAAGGAUGCAGUCAGGUACUCUACCACCAGGCCAUGGCUCCACCCUUUCUUAUGGAGUAAUCCCUUUGCCUUCAGUGGGAUUCUGGAGUGUCAUGAAUGACACUUAACUGCUUUUAGGUAAAUAGUUUGCGCAAUGUACACCACAAUCCAAAGCCUAUCUUACUCCAGUCCCCCUGGGUUCAGUGGGGUUAGCUCCCAAGUUAAGCAUGCGAAGGAUUGGGGCCUUAUCCUGUGGUUCUUGGCACAAUAGGAUUGCACUUCAUUUUGUUGUCCCCCCCAAUCUACUCUGUUCCCAUUCCCAACACAUGGCCCCUUUCUGCCCACACCAGGCUUUCUGUUUCCCCUGAUAUGCUUUCCUAGUAUGCAUAUGCCCAGAUAGGUACGACACUCCACCAAUGCAACGCCACAGACUUCCAUGCUCAAGAGAGCCCUUGCAUCUGAUCCGAUCUUCAUUUUGAUUUGUGCAGCAGACGAUAGGAACAGGCUGUUCAGAAGCACACCCAGGUUCUGGGUGAUUUCUGCAUUUCAGUAAUGUAGCUGGCUUUGAGAAUGCUGUAUUUAACCUUAAGACCAACAGUCCCACCGAAGACGACGUUUUGGUCUGUCGUACCGCUUAUGGCCUGUAGUAUUUAUACUGGGUACAUUUUUGCUAAUCUGUGUUUCAGCUGACUGGCUGGCGUUGAUGCUGUGUCUGUAUGAAAGUUCACUUUUUAAGUGUAGCCAAGCUGUAAAGACUGCACAGGUAUCCUUCUGAAUAUAUGUACCUAGACUGUAUGCUGUGUGUGUUGCUAGAGUGCUACUAUACAGAACCACUUUUAAAGAUGGCCGCUUCCAUGUAAGUGGGAGAGGUCUGUGUUCAACAGAAAAAGCACACCAUAAAACAAACAAAAGUCACUGUAUUCACCCGUUGAUUGUCAUGAGGGCAUUUUGUAACUUUGUAAUUUAGCAUGUGCUUAAUUUUGAUCUUUGAAAGCUUUUUUAAAAUCAGUGUUUGAUAUCUAGGAAAUAAUAAAACAUGGCAAAGGCCCCAACAUGA